UCAUAGUUAGCCGCCGCCGGUCUGAAUCUCGAUCGGCUUCGCUCUUGCUUUUAGCGCGUUAGUGCAAAAAUAUAAUUAAUUUUCCUUUCGAAAACUCUGCAAUUAAUAAAGAAAAACUGAUAAAAUUACUUUCUAUUAAACAUAAUUCAAGUUUUUAAAGUGUCAAUUUAUAGAAAAAUAUAAUUUUCAAAGGAAAAAAUAGCUAACGCAAAGUUUCUGUAAAAUUCCAAAACAACAUACACAUUUCGCUCGUUCGUUGUGAAAAUAACUUGGUACAGCCUUUAGAAAAGUUGUGUGUUUUUGAGACAUUGAUGGAAAAAAUGCGAUAAAUACUUUUCUAAAAAAGAAAAAAAAGUGAAAAUUCCCAUAAACGACCAUAGACCAUAAAACUUGUCCUUGUCGUGUGUGUGGAUAUAAAAAAAAUGGAAGACAUUGAAUAUCUGGAAGAGUACGAAGAUUUAGUGUUACCUGCGUUAAAUUCAGCUGCUGCAGCUGCGGCCGCCUCAUCGUCGGCCUCCACUUCAUCAAAAUCGAAUAAUAACAAUAAUAAAAAUUUACAAAAUCCAAAAGCUAAUAAUGACGACGGUGAUGAUUCUUCAUCAUCUUUAGAUCAGGAUAUAUUUAAUUGUUUAUUCGAUGAUAAUUCAGAAGAUGAUGAUGAUGAUUUGAAUGUUUAUCAAAGAAGUGAAAACGAAACCGCUUUAAGAAGAAAAUCUGCAUCUUUUGAUUCAUAUGACUCUUUAGAUGAUAAAAUUGAUGAAAUAGGAGCAAAAAUUAUACAAAAAGUAGAAAUAUCAAGACAAGAAACCACAAAUAACUAUAAUACAGUCGAAAAACCAACAAAUAAAAUAACUUCUUCAACACCCAAACCUAAAACUUACCCAACAAAAACUAGUGGCGUUAAUACGCAAACCACAACUAAUCCUAGAACUCAAACAACAUUUGCCAAUAAACCCAAAUCAAUUGCCACUGUUAGACCAACAGUACAGAAUCAACAACAGAAUUUACAAAAUAAAACAAAUUUAUUACAAAGAACAGCACCUGUACGUUCAACUUCCUCUAUAACAACAACCACUACAACAUCCAUAAGCCAACGACAAAAACCUACCACCUCCACUUCUUCUACAUCAGCAGCAACAUCUUCCCGAUCAGUACAAUUGCCAGCAUUAGCACGUAAGCCUUUAGCAUCAACAGCCAGCACAUCAGGAUCGGUAAAACAAGCUUCUUCCUUAAACAAUCCUAAAGCUACAAGCACUGUUUUAAAAAAGGUAACAAAACGUCCUGCUACUAUAAUAAGACCAGAGAAAAUUAUUACAAAAGAUCCAGCCAAUGAUCCUUUAGAUUUAGACGAUCUAUCGGAAGCAGGUUCUGAUAAUUAUUCUUUAUCGGAUAUUUCUGGUGAAACUUAUAAUUCAAUUAGUGAGUUUGAUGAUGAUGAAGAUGAAAGUAAUGAUGAAUACUAUUCCGGUGAUGAUUAUUAUGAUGAUGAAUACGAUGAAGAUGUCUUAAGCCGUAGUUCACAAGUUAUAGAAUUAUCUAAUGAUUCCAGUGGUACAACUUCUAAUUUGGAAGAUUAUCGCGCCUCAACACCUUCACCGGUUAUAUCAGACGAUAGUGCUACACCCAGCAGUUCUUCUGGUUUUAAAUUACGCAAAACUAAAGCCAUCAAACCAUACGAGCAUCCACAAAUAAUCGAAAGUGUUUUAAGAAAGGGAGAAAAACCAAAAUUAUUGGAACUCCUACAGACAUACAAUUUACUCGAAGAUACUGGAGAAGAGGAAGAGGAAGAAGAAGUUAAUAUUGUUAUUGAUAUAACAACCUCUAGAGAAAAUUUAGUAGAUAGUUUUGAACAAGCACCCACCACUAAUACGGCUACAAGCACAACGAACCCGUCAUUAACAAAUCCUACUACACCAAAGCACUCCAAUAAAACGAAUAAGAAAAGAACUAAAAAGAAAAGUGUUAAGAAUAUGGAUUAUAGAGGCAUUAGUUCGCCCGGAGGUGCAUCGACUGAUUCGGAUUUAUCGGCGGUAGAAGAACUGCUGGAAGAAUCAUAUGCUGAGGCCAUGAAACAUAAAGUUAAAUACAAUCCAGAGAUAACACUGGCAGAUAUUGAAUUGGGAGGCGAAGAAGAGGUUACAGCGGAGGUGGAAAUGGUUCAAAAACAGGAAGAAAAUAAAAAUAAAGUAGCAAAAACUGGUGUGGUAAUUGAUUAUGACGAUAAUGCUGUAGAGGUAGUUAGUGAAGAUAAAGGAAGUAAGGAAAAGCAACAGGAGAUAGUUAAGGAAGAAAGUGUUACGGAACUAAAGGAAGUGGAAAACAAGAAACAAGAGGAAAUGACAAAAGAAACAAAUGAGUCGGAAGAGACGAAAGAAAUGGAGGUUAAUAAAGAAAAAUUAAUAGACAGCGUAAUAGAAACUAAAGAAUCUUUACCAGCAACUGUUGCUGAUCAAAAUGCUAUUACAAACGAAAGCUCUUUGACUACAACAACCCAAGAAAGCCAGGAAGCUGCAAAUUUAAAACAAAAUAUCACGGACUCACCACAAACACGUAAAAAGAAACGUUUUAGAAAUUUAAAUACACCAGAAAUCAAUGAAGAAACACCUGCACCCUUGCUUAGCCUAGAUGAUGUAGAUGAUUUUAAAGGUUUCGAAGAACAACCCACCAAUACAGAUAACAAAAUAGAUUUAGAAACAAAAGUCCUGGAGACACCCAAAAAAUCCGCAAACACUAGUUCUGAUACAGAAAAAGCUUCUAGCUCCUCCUCCUCAGCUUCAUUUAAAAGUCCUACAAAUUCUCAUAAAUCUUUAAAGGAUAAAACAAAAGAAUCUAGUGAAAAAAGCUACCGCGAUAAAGAUACAAAAGAUAAAAGUUCUAAACAUUCUUCUAGUAAAAGUUCUCGCGACAAUUCAAAAGAUAAAAGUUCACGGGAAAGUUCUCGAGAUAAAAGUUCACGAGAAAGUUCUAAAGAUCGUUCACGUGAAAACUCUAAAGAUCGUUCUAGACAUAGUCAUGAUAAGGAAAUUAAACGUCAUCAUCAUCAUCAUCAUCAUAAGGAACAUAGAAGAUCUAUUGAUUCUAAAGAUCAUAGAAAAUCUAGUGAUUCUAAAGAAUCCUCCAAAUCUCGAGAAUCCAGCAAGUCCAGAGAGCACAAAGAAUCAAAAGACUACCACAAAAGUUCAAGUGCUAAAAGAGAACACUCAUCAGAGGGAGGGAAAGAUAAGACAAAGGAAAAGGAAAAACAGGAUAUAAAAGAAACAAAACCUUUAAAAACAGAGACAAAAGAUUCUAGUAAAAGUUCUACAGAUAAAAAAGAGGAGGGAACAAAAGAAAAGUCUGCAGAAAAGAAAGAUAUAAAACCUAAAGAAGUGGAUAAAGAUAAAGCUAAAACCAGUAGCGACAGUAAGAUUCCUAAAGAUUCAGAUAAUAAAAAGGACUCCAAAGAUCUCAACAAAACAUUAGAGAAAAAGGAUAUAGAUAAACCUAAAGAAAAAAUGACUGAAAAAUCUCUUAAUACACCAGCUAAGGAUAAAACUAAAGAUCCUUUAACUAAAACAACAACACCUUCAAGCAAAAUUUCCACUACUACAUCAACUCCUAGUAGUUCACGUGAUUCUUCAAAAGAACGUAAAAAUCUGAGUAAAACACCUAAUUUAAAUAAAAGUAGCUCGAGUAGCAGUAUUAGUAGUAGUAAAACUGACAAGUCUGAUUUCUCUAAGAAACCCAAACCUCCAGCAGAUCUAAAUAAGUCUUUAAAUACUAAAACAGAAACAAAUAAAUCUAAUAAUCCUCCUACAACAACGGCAAAUAAAUCUACAACAAAGACUGCUACCCCCGUAAAAGUGUCUAAAACUAAUGAAAAACCAAAACAGGAAGCGAAAAGUUUCUCAGAUCAAAAGGAUCUAAAGGAUUUGCCGAAAGCUAAGGAAACUGUUAAAGAACAAACAUCGUCUGUCUCUGCUAAAGAACCGAAAUCAGAAACUACAACAACGACUGAAACAACUAAAGUUGCAACACAAAAUCCAGUUGUUGCUAAAACUCUCAAGGAAGAUUUGACAAAGACUUCUUCAACUGUUGCCUCGUCUUCUAAAACUAAUGAAGGCACUAAGAAGGAUUCCAGUACUGACUCUAAGAAAACUGCGGUUGAUAGCAGCAAAGAGAAAAAAGACUCUAAUCAAGCACUACCCAAAUUAGGGGAAAAUACAAAUAAAACUACUCCAGAGGAAAACAAAACAACUAAAGAGAAAAAAGAAGAUGCUCCUGCAACUAAAGACAAUAAACAAACACCCAUAAAAACACCAGCUAAAGAAGCUCUUGUUACACAGACCAGCAACAAACAAACUCCACUUAAAACACCGUCUAAAGGAUCCAGUAUUUCGGGAACCAAUACAAAAGUCACUGAAACAAAAUCACAAACUUCUGGAAUAUCUGAAACGCCAGCUAAUGGAACUAAUGUUACACAAUCCAGUAACAAACAAACUCCAAAUAAAACACCGUCUAAAGGACCCACUAUUUCAGGAACCAAUACAAAACCCACUGAAACAAAACCACAAACUACUGGAAAGUCUGAAAUACCCACAAAAACACCAGCUAAAGAAACUACUGUUACACCAGCGAGUAACAAACAAACUCCAAUUAAAACACCCAUUAAAGGAUCCAAUGUUUCAGGAACCAAUACAAAACCUAUUGAGACAAAACCUCAAACAUGUGAAAAACCAGAAACUAAAGAUUCUAAUAAGGGAAAACCUGAAGAACCUAAAGCUCAGGAAAAGUCAGCUGAUUUUAAGAAACCAACACAAAGUUCUAAAAGUACAGAACAAGCAAAAGUUUCAGAUUCUAGGAACAAGGAUAAUAAAAGCAUACCAGUGUCACCGAAAACAAAACCUAAAUCUAAAGAGGAACAGACACAGAAAACUAAAUUGGUUGAAUCUUCGAUUGAAAAAGAAAAGCAGGAGGCAGUGGUUAAAAAACAGGAAGCAACAAAACCCAUCAGUAAUGAAAAGCCUAAAGAUAUAAAAACUACAGAAACUUCUAAAACGGAAGCUAGCAAAACAAAAGAAACUUCUAAACCAGAAACUAGCAAAACAAAAGAAGCGAAAGCUGCUGAUAAUACAAAUCCGCCAACAACGAAAUCUCAAAGUGAAAAGGAGAUAAAAACUAAUACAGACACUUCUAAAGAAACUAAAAAAGAGACCUCAGCUUUGGAAAAUAAAGAAGCCGCUCCACAAGUAACUGCAGAUAAUAGCGCUCCUGCUAAGCAAUCUCUUAAAGAAACUGCAGCAACUAAAGCAGAAGUAAAAAAGACUGAAAAGGCAGUCAAAAAACAGGCCUUACAAUCAACGACAGACGAAUCAAAGGCAAACAAAUCUAAACUUUCACAAACGGAAAAUGAGCAAAAAAGCAAACAAUGUUUGAAUCCUAAUGAUUCAAUAACUGUAGCAAAAACUCAAACUCCACAAGACACAAAUAGAGAUGCAAAACCAUUAGCAAAAGAUAAACCAACAAAUACAAACAUAAAAUCCACACAAUCUCCCAAACCCAGUAAAAAAAUCAUAAAAGUUGUAAAUAAAACAGUAGAAAAUAAAACGCCGCAGCCGACAAAUGCUUCCAACAUGAAAAAGGAAGAUGUUAAGGUUCAAAAAGAAACAAAAGAACCAUCUGAAAUAAACGCAAAAGAUGUCAAAAGCAAAGAUCAGAAUGUGAAAGAUUCUAUCAUCAAAACAGCAACAACAAAAGAUGAUCAAAAGGUGGAAGCAACAGAGCUCCAGGAUGACAUAAUAAAAGAGACUGAAACUACAACAAAGAAAGAAGAAAAGGAUAAUAAAAACACCAAGGAAAUUAAAGUAGCUUCAGAGGCUGCUUUAACUAAAGAAGAAACAAAAGUUGAAUCAUCUAAAGAAGAAACAAAAGUUGAAUCAUCUAAAGAAGAAACAAAAGUUGAUAAGUCUAAAGAAUCAAAAGAUUCAGAACAAGCUAAUGAUGCUAAACAACCGGUAACGGACACAACAGAAGAAGAUGAAAGCGAAGUGGCAAUUACACCAAGAAUUACUAGAAGUCGUUUGGAAAAUAUCAAAUCAAAUGAAGAAUCUAAGGAGGGAAAAACUGAAAGAAUACAAUCACCAAAAGCUAAAAAAUCUAGUGAAUUGGAGAAAAGCAAAUUUGAGAAAACAACAACAACAAGCGAUGAAAAGAAUGUACAAAAAUUAGAAAAGAAGGUGGGAUUGAAAGAGGUUGUUAAAACUGAAAUUAAAUCCACACAGAAAGAAACUGUGAAAGAGACUACAAAAGAGGAGAAGCUAGAGAAGAAAACAGCGGAAACUUCUCAAGUUAAAGAAGAACAAGAGAAUACAAGUUCAAAAGCUAAAGCUUUAAAACAGGAGGAGAAAGAAGAAAAACCAACCAGUGAAAUUUUUGAAAGUGAAAAGGAAGAGGACAACUUUGAACCCAGAAAAACUAGAAGACGUGGUGAACAGAAAACUGAGAUAGAUAAAGAAAACACUGAAUCAUCUGGCGAAAAAACUUUAUCAAAGGAUGAUUUAACCAAACAAAAAGAAGAAAAAGAUCAUGUUAAACCUAGAAUAACAAGAAGUCAUGCAGAAACUAAACAAGAACAAGAAGAUGAAGCGACACUACUACAAAUUGACGAAAAAAGUUUAGAAAAAGAGAAAAAAGACUCAAAGAAAACAUCUCAACAAUCUGAAGAAAAAUCGACAAAACAAAAGGAUUUCGAUAGUCAAGUGGAAGAAGAAAAGUCUGUGACAAGAACAACUAGAAAGCGAGGAGAACUUAAAGCUGAAUUGGUAAAAGAAUCAAAGGAGACAGAAGAAAAAGAAGCAGACGAUACUAAUACUCAAACUGAUGAAGGAAAAUUAGAGACAAAAACUCCUAGAAAACAUACUGAAUUAAAGAAAGAAACAAAGGAAAGCCAAGCUGUAAUUGCAGAAGAAAACGAUGUAACACUUAAUGAGACUAAAACACAAACGGAUGAAGAACAAUUUGAACCCAGAAAAACUAGAAAACGUGGAGAACUUAAAGCCGAAUUAGAAAAAGAAACAAAUAAAACUUCAGCUGAAACCGCAAAGGAAAAGGAAGCAACACUAGAUGAAUCAAAAACUCACAUAGAUGAAGAACAGUUGGAGCCCAGAAAAACUAGAAAGCGUGGAGAACUUAAAGAAAUAAAGGAACAAACACAAGCUGAACUAUCGGAAGAAAAAGGUGCAACACUCGAUAAAACAAAAACGGAGGAAGAUAUUAAUAAAUCUAAAAAGACUAGAAAGGAAGAUGAACUUAAUGAAACAAAAGAACAAUCUCAAGAAAAAUCUUCAACACAAGAGAAUACUCAAAUGGAGGAAGAACAAAGUGAACCAAGGAAAACUAGAAAACGGGGUGCACAUAAAGAAACAAAUGAAGAGUCUCAAACUGAAGAUGAAGAACAUUUUGAACCCCGUAAAACUAGAAGACGGGGAGAGUUUAAUGAAACAAAGAACAUUACACAAAGUGAAGUUUCUAAAGAUAAAAUUUCAUCUGAAGAUGAUAGUAAGAAACUCGCUGAUCAAGAACUUUUAGAGCCGAGAACCACUAGGAAACGUGUGGCACAAAAAGAUGAACAAGUCAAAGAAACAACUGAAACAACUCAAAUUGAAUCAUCAGGGGAGAAAUUAUCACAGCAAGAACAAACUAAGGAGGAAACUCUUGAACCAAGAAAAACAAGAAGUCGUGUUGAAAUUAAAGAAACAACAGAGAAAGAAACAAAUGCUGAAGUUAGAGAAAAGGCAGAUAAGGAUAACUCAGAAAAAGAAACUGAAAAAACUUCAAACCAAGAUGACACUAAACCUCAAACAGAUGAAGAACAUAACGAACCGAGAAAAACUAGGAGUCGUGCAGAUAUUAAAGCAGCUCAAGCUGAAAAAUCAGAUAAAGAACUUAAAGAAGUAAAAGAAACAACAAAAAUAUCUUCGGUUGAAUCGUCUGGGGAAAAAACUUCAACACAAGAUACGGCAAAACCAGAAAAGGAAAUUCCAAAAACUCCUUCUGUUGAUUCAAAUUCAACUCCAGAGGAUUCAAAACUUUCCACAGAAGAGAACGCUAAGAAACUCUUAAAUACCAAAAAACGUACAGAAAUUAAACAACAACUCACACUUGCCGAUGAAAAUACUGAAAAAACUCAAUCAGAGGAAAUAGCUUCUAAUAUCGACGAAAAACCUGCCGAAGAAUCACAAUUAGAAAGUGAAGAUAUCAUCGCCGAACAAGUAGAGUCUUCAAUGUUUGAUUCACUUUUAAAAUCCCAACAAGAUAAUAUAAGUUUAGAUGCUGAUAUGUCUGGCAGUGAAUGCUCAUCUAUAACAUCAUCCAACUCGGACAAUACAAUACGACGAACUUUAAGAAAACGGGCAACGGAAACGCCAUUAUCGGAAAAUGAUAAAAAGAAGAAAGUUUUUAAAGAGCCACCACCUUUGAAGACUACACCAACACCGGUGGUGACAGCGCAAAAGAUUGGUAAAUUUGAUAAGCCAACUGUUAUAGGAAGUACUACUAUAAAACGUGUUAUACGUUCGCCUGCCUUGGAGGAGAAUCAAAAUUCUGGCAAAAAACCUAAAUUGGAUAAUACAUCAAAGAAAUCAACACGUUUUCGUAAUUUAAAUGACGAUUGUCUAGUAGAAGAAGAGUUGCCCGUUGUUACCGCGGAAGUUGUUACUAAAGAACAGAAUUAUUUGCAUGAAACACAAGAAGUACCAGCAACAAAACAACCUGAAACUUCACAAAACAAAAAUACUGGAUCAAACAAGGAGCCCUCAACCAAUACUGGAAUCAAAGAAACAGUAGAGAAACCAAGAAAUGCUAAAGGAAAAUUCACAACGAUAAGAGAGCCUGAAAAAGUACUUCAAAAGGAAGUAUUGGGCACUAAACACAGUAUAAAAACUACUAGUAAAGUAGAUUUAUCAGCUAACAAAGAUCCUUUGAGCAUAAAGUCGUAUGUAGACAUCAAGAAAACUUUAACCACCACAAAUGUUAAAACAGACAAUUCAAAUGUUACCAAAGUUCAAGAAACACCGGAACGUGUUAAAAGUAAUAAAACAAACAUUAAUGUUUCACCAACUAAAACUCCAGGAGGCGGCUCUACUACAGUGUUAACGGAUAAAACUAAACCUAUUAAAGGAAAAACUAAUGUUUCCCCUACAAAAUCACCAGGCGCUUCGACGGUUAUGUCAUUUUCAGAUUGGCUAAAAAGUAAGAAACAAAAUGUGGAAGUAGAAUCAGCAGAGACUACUAAGACUACCAAAGAUAUAACACAAACAACAUCUGUUGAUCCAAUUAAUGUAAAAGAUAAGCCAGUAACAAAAACAUCAGAAAUAAAGACUACUGAAGAUAAAGAAGAAAAGGAAAAAGUAGCUGAGGUAACGACUGAGGAAGACAACAAUAUGAUGUGUCAGAAUAAAGAAAAAGACUUACAGUCGGCAACAAGACGUCCAGGCCGACCACCUAAGGUCAAGCCAGUAACAAAAAUCUCGGAAACAAAACCAGCAGAAGACAAAGAUAAAAAACUAGAAAUAGCUGAUACUACAACACAAUCAGACAACAAUACGUUAAACCUUAAUAAGGAAAAAGACUUGCAGUCAACUGUGCAACCUCAACAGGAUUCUAAAGCUACAGAUGACAAAGAAACUUCGGAAACUUUAGAGGAUACAACACAACAGUUGGAUAACAGUUUAUUACAACCUUCGGAUAAUCAAUUGCAAAAUGUAUCACAACAGCAGAGCAGAAAAAGUAAUAGCAAAAAAGCUGUAAAACGACUUUCUAAUUCUAUUAGAAAAUCUAACCAAAAACGAGCCAGUCCCAUAGUAAUGGGAAAAUCAAAUGCUCCCAAGGUUAGUCCUCCCAAAUUGAAACCUAAAAAACGAGAAAUUGACUUCCUUAUGGAGUCCAUGUCUAAGGAAAUGAAAGAGGGUGGCAUAAAUGAUCUUCUAAACACACCCACACAUGUUAAGCGUCAACGCUUAUCAGUCAAAAGAAAUGUUAAUGAUAGUAUGGAACAAUUAAAUGCCAGCCAAGAAUCAUCUAUUGCAAAUACCACUGCAGAAAUACCCAAAGUAUUUGAAUUUUUAGAAAAUUCAGACACUUCAACAACUACUAAUACGUCUACCAGAAAAGACAUAAACAAGUCACCCACAAAACGUAAGACACAGCAAAUUGCAGCUAGAACUAAAAGAUCCUCUUUGCUACCAAGAGAUAUGCUUAAAACUCCUGAUAUUAUAGCAAAUACAGAACAAAGAAUGCUGUCAACUCCUUCGCCCAAAGUAUUACCUACCAAAUCUCGUAAAUCUCUAAACAUUAAAGAGUUAGCUGGUACCGAAGCGGCAAAAAUAACUGAAACUGUUGCACCUACUGAAAGCGUCAUGAAAUCUAGAAAAUCUAUGCCUCUUCUCACCCCAAAAGAUUCCAUGGAUAAAGUUACUAAUGUUGUUAUAGCUUCUGCUAGAAAAUCGUUAGUAAUACCCAAACAACAACCAACUGUACAAGCAAGUAAUGUUGUAUUUAAAACACCUAAACAACCGGCAUCCGGACAUCAUUCAACUUUACUAAAUCUUAUACCAAGUACUGAUAAUAUAAAGAAAUUAUAUGUUGAUGAUCAUAAUAAACGUCAUAAGAUAACUCCGAAAACUUACAAAUGCCGUAAACUAUGUGUUCGUCUUAAUCGUUCCAUGGUAAAGAAAUAUUUUAUCGCUUUAAAUAAGAGCAAAAAACAAUCAACGCAAACAAAACAAUUAACCCAUUUAGGUGCUGAAGCAGCAACAACCACAACAGAGUCUUCACCAGUUAUACAAAAUAAUUCUGAAACUAAUUUACGUAUACAAUCGGUAGUUGACGCUGGCACUUUACUAGGUACAACAAAAUCUUCCUCUACAGCCGAUAUAUUGGUAGUACAAGAUCCAGCAGCAUCUGUAGAUCAAAGUCAACAGCAUAUGUUACCCAAUACAAACACUCUGCUAACACCAAUGCCGGUUAUACAACCGGCUCAACAACCAUAUAUCUUACCCACCACCAGCCGUGCGCCACCCACAGUGGCUCCCUUAACUACCACAACGCUAAUAAAUGUUCCUGACACAAAUGAAACUAUUGAGCUUAAAAAUGAAUUUGUUGAUGAAAAUCCCAUGGAAUUAAUAAAUGACGCCAUACUACCCGAUACACCAACACUAUUGGCAAGAGCUCAAUCGAUAACAGAAGCAGCACAACAUGCUCUCUCCAGUUCUGUUACACCCACAGAUAUACGUCUAUUGACUACAGACUCUAGCAGCAGCAACUAUGUGCCGUCGUUUGGAGUAACACCCACGGCUUUGGAUAAUAGAGGCACCUGUAUGUACACUUUCUUGCAUCCUGCAAAAUACAAUCGUAAUCACAGCAAUGUUUUGCUGGAUUAUUGUUGUCCAAAUUUGGAUGGUCCUAUGCCGGCCAUUGAUCCCACACGCAUACAUGCUCAGGUGCAAGUACCGGUUAUAGAAUUACCCGCCUCUAUAGUGUUGACAACUAAGGUGGUAACUAGAGCCGAUUUAGAAAGUGGCAAUAGCACUAUACCGGCUAUUAUACGCAAAAAGGCCGAAAAAAUAAGAAAAAAUCUGGCUACACAUCAUAAAAUGGCCACGGCUACCACGACUGUAACAGCACCGCCGCCUCCGGUAAUACCCACAAUGGCACCAACACCCCGACCAGCCUUACCAGCCACCAUAAAUGCUUUGACCAAACAAUUACCACCUACAACAACUAUAACGGCGAAAAUAAGACAUACACUACCGGCGGUGGAGUCACAAAAUUUACCUACCCAGCCCCCAACACCUCAAGCAGCAGCCUCAGCGUCUACGCUUCCUAGAAACAUAAUUUCUAUUAUGCCCAAAGGAGCCGGGCAAAUGUCGACAAUGAGUAAUGUACAAAAUUCUUCAUUACGCUCCAAUCUAAGACGUUUUGAUGUGCUGCUUAAACAGUUGGUACAACCUUUUGAAAGUUUAAGUUUUGUGGAACGUCAUCGUAUAAUAGAGGCCUUAAUAGCAACCGGGAAGUUUAGCGCUAAGGAUUUAGAUCAAACGUUAGUGUUAAUGGAAGAGUACAUUAAACAAACACUGCUAUUACAAAAUGAAUCGCUUAAUCAUCCCACGCCACCACCCACAUCAGCAAUUUUAAAUACAAACAGUUAUAUAACAACACAACCAGCCAUUGCAGCCGCCAACACGAUGCCCGCUGGACCCAUGCCCCAACUGCAACCCUCACCCACUAUAUUAGCCUCCAGUCAACACCAUAAGACGGUGAGAAAAGUACAAACGAGUCGUAAUAGAAAUACCACAUUGGCUACAACCUCAACGGCAUCAACAGGAGCUGGUGCUGGAGGUUCUGUUAUGGUCAAACAACGACAAGUGCCUAUCUACGAUACAGAUCGUAAUAUUAUAGGCUAUCAAAUGCAAAUGAUGACACCUCUAUCAACAAUACCAGCAUAUACCAAGUCUACCAUGUCUACACAUACCGGUGCCAUAAUGUCCACCUCCUUGGACUCUAGCAAUAAUAAGAUAACUACCACAACGUACAGUGUGAAUAAAAGACCCAUGAAAAGACCGGCACAGGAUUCACCGCGUGUCUUUUAUACCACCCCGCCUUUGAAAACUUCUACGCCGAAAUCCUUAACAAAUCCUCAUCAAUACCCAACAGCAGGAACUUCAACACAACAUGGAAAGAAUUCGAAUACCAUAGCGAAGAAAACUCAGGUAAAGGAGGUGAAGAAGUAA